CCAGACAGACCCACAGAGCCACCUUCACCCUCUCCUGCAGCUGGAGGGAGACUGCUGGGGCCUCGCCGUCUCUCCGGAUGGGUUGCUUGUGGAGGAAGACCUUGUCUUUCUUCCUCGUUUUUGUGCCUAUAUAUCUACAUGGGGCUUCAUCGCAGGCAGCCGCCCCAGUGGGGCCCAGGAAACCGUUUCUCGAGAGGCUCCGUAGACUGGAGGAACAGUUCCGGAGAUUCCAGGAGGUGACCUGGACACACCUGCAGAGCAUCGCCAGCAACUACAACGUGUCCUACAAUGUUGACGCCCGGUUCCGGAGCCUGGCGGAAGAGAGCCGGGCUGUGGCUCAGGCAGUCAACCGGUCACAGGCCUCGGUGCAGGGGGAGCUGGCGCAGCUCAAGGCCUGGGUGAGGAAGACGCAGCGCCGAAGCCGGAAAGUAGACACGCGGCUGCGGACCUUGGACCUCGCCCUGGGCGAGAGGAGCCAGCAGCGGGCCCGGGAGAGGAAGGUGCACAAGGCCCAGAGGGACGCCCUGCGGGACUCACUGGCACGCCUGGAGGGCCUCAUCCACAGCCAGGGCGCCAGGCUAGCUGCUCUGGAGGGGCGGCUGCCCGUGUCCCACCCUGGCACUGCAGCCCUCGGGCCGACCCUGGUCCCAACCCCAACCCAGCCUGAGGAGCUAGGCCCGAGCUCCCUGACGCUUCAGAGGGACAGGCAGGAGCUCCGAGCUGCAUCUGAGCACAGGGGCCCCCCGCAGGACUCCUCAGCCCCUCUCCAUGGAAGGCAGGAGCCCCCAGCCUCAGGCAGCCAUCGGGUACUCAGUGGGACGGCCACAGCCCCAAGAGACCCUCGGCAGCAGGCAUGGUCCCCCCAGGGACCAGGAGAGAUUUGCGGCGUGGGCCCCACCCUCGUUUUCCCAAACGCCUCCACCAAGAACGUGGUCUUCCUCAGCCCUGGCUUCGUCACUGCCCUGCGAGCCCUGUCCUUCUGCAGCUGGGUCCGCACGGCCUCCGGCCGCCUGGGCACCCUCCUGUCCUACGCCACCGAGGACAAUGACAACAAGCUGGUGCUGCACGGCCGAGACUCCCUGCUGCCCGGAUCCAUCCACUUCGUGAUCGGGGACCCGGCCUUCAGGGAGCUGCCCUUGCAGCCGCUGCUGGACGGCCAGUGGCACCACAUCUGUGUCAUCUGGACGUCCACCCAGGGCAGGUACUGGCUCCACGUGGAUCGCAGGCUGGUGGCCACAGGCUCCCGCUUCAGGGAGGGCUAUGAGAUCCCCCCCGGAGGGUCCCUCGUGCUGGGUCAGGAACAAGACAGCGUGGGGGGCGGAUUCGACAGCUCCGAGGCCUUCGUGGGGAGCAUGUCUGGCUUGGCUAUCUGGGAUCGGGUGCUGGUUCCCGGGGAAGUUGCAAACCUUGCCAUCAGGAAAGAGUUCCCGACAGGUGCCAUCCUAACGCUGGCCAAUGCUGUGCUGACAGGCGGAUUCGUGCAGAGGGCCAACUGCACCUGCCUGGAACGCUGUCCCUGAGGCUGAGCCUCACAGGCGUUGAGGCCAGCAAGAGGGGCAUGCCCCCAUCCACAUUCUGCCACCGCCCCCCGCCAGCACAUUCUACAAAGGCCACCCCCACCUGUCCUGGCUGUGCACACCUGUGCCCUCACAUAGGGGUGCCUGUUCUAUCUUGGGGGGUGGGGAGGUGGACAGGGAUUGAGCAGGGACAGAGAGAGCCUGGGGUCAAGGUGGCCCGCAAGCCCUUGUUUCUUCCAUCACCAUGGCGUUCUUACUUCCUGCACUUUCUUCCUUUCUUUCUUAUCUUUUU